AUGAACAUGCUGUUCUGUAAAACUACAAGGUACGCCUUCCUCAGACAUUUUUCCCAUUCGCCAACUCCUAGGAGCAUUGAAGAGGCUAUCUCUUCAUUUCAUGGCUUGCUUCAUAUGAAUCCCCAACCGUCUAUAGUCCGUAUUAAUAAGAUUCUAGGAUCUGUCGCGAAGACGAAGCAUCACCGAACUGCUAUUUCCCUUUUCUCAAAAGCAGAAUGCAAGGGAUUCUCGCCAUGUUUGGUUACUCUAAACAUCUUGAUCAAUUGUCACUGUCAUUUGGGUAACAUGCCUUCUGCUUUCUCUAUUCUAGGGAGGAUUCUCAAGAUGGGCUGUCAGCCAGAUAUAAUAACUUUGAAUACUCUGUUGAAAGGUCUCUGCAUUAAUAAUAACGUUAGAGAAGCCCUUGUCUUUCAUAGUGACUUAUUGACAAAAGGAUUUCACUUAGAUGAGGUAAGCUAUGGCAUCCUGAUUAAUGGCUUCUGUAAAAUUGGAAAAACGUCUGCUGCUCUUGAAUUGCUUCGAAAGAUGGAGAGAGGGUUGGUUAAGCCUGAUUUAGUUAUCUACAACACAGUCAUAGAUGGUCUUUGUAAAGAAGGGCUUGCAAUUGAGGCAAAAAAAUUAUAUCAUGAAAUGACUGAUAAGGGAAUAUCUCGGGACAUUGUUACCUACAACUCUCUAAUAUAUGGUUUCUGUUGCAUGGAUCAAUGGCACGAAGCCACUUGGUUUCUAAAUAAAAUGGUGGUGGAAGGCAUCAGACCUAGUAUUUAUACCUUUUCUAUAUUGAGAGAUGCAUUUAGCAAAGAGGGGAGGAUAACCAAAGCUGAGGCAAUAGUUGGGAGGAUGAUGAAAUGUGAUACAAAGUCUAAUGUUAUUACUUACAAUGCUUUAAUGGAUGGGUACUCUAUGAUGAAUAAUGUUGAUGAGUCGAAGAAGGUUCUUAAUAGAAUGAAAAGUGAUGUGUUGCCUGAUGUUUUCAGUUACACUAUCUUGAUUAAUGGGUUAUGUAAAAUGAAGAGGAUUGGUGAAGCCAUGGAUCUCUUUCAAGAAAUGCAAUGCAAAGGUUUGUUUCCUAAUAUUGUGACAUAUAAUACUCUUAUUGAUGGCCUGUUCAAAUCAGGAAAGAUCUCAAACGUGCAGGAACUUAUUUACGAUAUGCAUGAUAGUGGUCAUCUACCAAAUAUAGUAACCUACAAUGCCUUGUUGGAUGGAUUGUGCAAGAGCCAGCGUCCUGAUGAAGCAGUUAUGCUAUUUAAAAAAAUGGGCGUCCUAGGAAAACAACCUGAUAUUUACACACAUGCCAUUCUUAUUGGUGGUUUGUGCAAGGAUGGUAAAUUAAAUACUGCCCGACAAGUUUUUCAGUAUCUAUUGGCUAAUGGUCAUCCUCCAGAUGUCCAAGCAUAUACUGCUAUGAUUAAUGGACUCUGCAAAGAGGGCUUGUUUGAUGAGGGACGGGCGUUACUUUUUCAAAUGAUUGACAAUGGGUGCCUCCCAAAUUUGGUAACUUUUAAAACAGUGAUUGGAGCUCUUUUGGAGAAAGGUGAGAAUGAUAAGGCGGAGAAUAUUCUUCAUGAAAUAGUUGCUAGAGUAUCAGCCAUGGUUGUCGUUGAGUCCCCUAGUUCAUUUGAUUGUCUUUGCCUUGCUGAUACAGCUCCCGAGACGAGCCCGGUGGCGGCGGGUGUUUUCUUGGGAGGCGACGGCGAUGUCAACAGAGUGACCAAGGGGAAGUUUACUGUGUUCUACGAGGAGGAAAGAAAAUGCGAGUCAGAUGAGAAGUUGACAAAGACAGAGAUGAAAGAUCAAAGUGAGCUGGAGGAGCAAGUGAACAAAUCCCUCUCAGGAUUUGUUUGUCGUGAUAAAGUUUCACUUCGUCCCAGUGAAACAAAGAGUUUUGGGGAGAGCUUUCUUUCGGGAAUAGGUUUUCGUCACGACUAA